AUGAUAAACGCAACUGAUUACCGAUUGCGUCGUGCAUUAUUGUGUCGCCAGUCACUCAUUCACCUAGCUAGUUUUUCUGAGACUGUUGUACGACAAUGAAGGACGCCAAACGGGAGCUCCUGAUCGAAACGGCUCCCCAUCGGCUGGAGACAGCGUAUAAGGAAGUGUUCACAGACGGUGCCCUAGAGUUCCUUGCACAGCUCGUAUCCGAGUUUGAUGACGAUGUGGAGAGGCUUUUGCAAGCUCGUACCAGAAGACGGCUGCUUGUCGAGGAGGGGAAGUGGACGCCGGAGUUUGAAAACCAGAGCGAGGAUCUAGAAUGGACGGUCAAUGAACUACCGGAGCGGUUGCGCAACCGAAAACUCGAUCUCGGCGACGUCAGUCCGGCCAACACGGUGCAUUUCAUAGAUUGCUUAUACGCCGAUGUACAAGGGAUUCAGGUUGACUUUGACGAUGGACACUGUCCGACAUGGCGCAACACGGUGCUGGGAAUCUCCAAUGUAACGCGUGCCGUACGAGGUACUCUGCAAGGCGCUCCGGCAGACGUGAGAUCGUAUCCGAUUCUGAUGUUGCGACCAAGAGCAUUCAAUAUGAUCGAACAUCAUUGUAUCGUGAAUGGGAAGGAAGUGAUUGGACCAUUGUUUGAUUUCGCCAUUCUUAUGUACCACAAUGCUCGAACGAUGGUGAACCUAGGCAUUGGUCCUUAUUUCUACUUGUCCAAGAUCGAGGAUCCCAGCGAAACUCAGCUAUGGAACAAGAUCUUCUGCUGGACCGAGCAUCGCCUCGGUAUAGCGAAGGGAGCGAUCAAAGCCUGCGUGUUGAUCGAGAACAUCCUAGCAGCGUUCCGCAUGGAGGACAUUCUGUACUCGAUUAAGGAUCAUGCGAUCGGAUUGAACUGCGGCAUUUGGGACUACUGUGCAAGCAUCAUAGCUAAAUUCGGCAAACGGGACACAUUUCUCCUGCCCGAUCGCAACAAGUAUGUGAAUAUGGGGCAACCAUUCCUGCGGAAUUACAUGCGCCUUCUGAUCAACAUUUGCCACAAGCGUGGAGCUCUGGCGACCGGUGGUAUGGCAGCGAAAGUUCUGCCAUUUGGUAAAGACAAACCCGACCUGAGCGAUGAGGAAAUUAUUGAAAGCGUGAAACUUGCCAAAUCAGUCGAAAUCGAUGCCGGUGUUGAUGGGUUCAUGAUUUACGAUUUACGGAUGGUCGAUGCGAUCAACGAACUAUGGCAAAGGAGAGUUCUUACGGAGAAUCAGCUCAACGUUCUACCGAACGUAGAAAACAUUACUGCGAGGAGUUUACUAGCGAUCCCAAUGGGAGGCGUUACAAUCGCAGGACUCAACAAUAACAUCACCAUCGCUUUGCUCUUUAUUUACCACUGGCUGACGGGGAGCGGGAUAUUCUUCUUGAACGGAGCCGUCGAGGACUCGGCGACGGCGGAAAUUUCGCGCUCACAGCUUUGGCAGUGGAUCCGUAUGGGCGCACCCAUCGAGGAUAAAGAGGGCACAUUCGUAACACGCCGGCUGGUGUAUCAGAUGCUGGAUCAAACCAUUUCCACCGCCUACAGAGCGUGGUGUAUCACGCCGCCCGAUCGCAAACGACUCCUGUCCUCCAAGUACAUGCUGCUGGACAUAAUAUCGUCGCGGAAUUAUAUAGAAUUCCUUACCACGCAUCUCAACGAUAGUCACAAGUUCCGUACGUUGCACAAUAAAAACGAUGGCCUUAUGGCCAAACUGUAAAUUUCGAAAUCGAAAAAUCGAAACCCUCCGU